UUUACUCAACCCACAGCAGAGUCGUGCCCCGACAUGGCAAUCCAAUAAAUAAAUUGACGCACAUUUCCAUCUCCUUUACUAGUUUCAUGUAAUCAAUAUAUAGCAAGUAAUUAGCUUAUUAUCAGAAUAAUAAAGGGUUCAGUCAAGAGGACCAAACCUUUAAAUACCGCUACCAAUUAGUUUAGAUAUUAUUACCAUAUUGUAAACAAUUAUUACCAUACUUUAUCAUACUUAACUUUAAGCAAUAGAUCAUGUCUGCCAUAGUUAAGAAAAGAAUUAGAAGAUUACCCCCAGACAAGAGACAGAAAGUUUCAACUGCUUGUGAUUCUUGUAAGAAAAGAAAGUUCAGAUGUACAGGAGAAAAGCCUUGUGAAACCUGUGUGAAAAAGGGAUAUGAAUGUACAUAUACCAUUGUCGAUAAGAGAUCCUUAAAGGCUGAAAGAAUGGCCAAGUUGAAAUUAAUGAAGUCUCAACAACAACCUGAACAACAACUUGUAUUUGAUAAUAACCAGAAUGCCACUCAACUCAUAUUUAAUCAACAAGCUCAAGUCCAUUUGCAACCAGUUCCUCAGUUGAAUGAAUUAGACUUGUACAAUGAUCAUUUAAGUCCUAAUACUAUAAUUAAUCAACAACAAGUUCAUCAACAACAACAUUAUGUCCACAACCAUAUGGUAUCGCCACGAGACUCAUUAACAGUAUCCUCUGUUUCCACUGUGUCUCCUCCCAACAAUAUAGAUUCACCUUCAAAUACAUAUAUUCCAAAAUCUUUACAACCUUUAUUGUCUUUCCCAUUGAAUGACAAUGAACAGGAGAAUGAAAAUGAAAACGAAAAUGAAAAUGGAAGUGAAAAUGAACUUACAAGAGACCAUGGUAGUUCAUCAUCUUCGUCAUCUACUCCAAAUUCAGCAUUCUCUUUGAAUUCAGCUCCUUCUUCAUCUUCAUCACAACAAAACUCUCCAUCCCCAGAUAUUCCUUCCUACAAGAUUAGUUAUGAACAACAGAAACAAAUUCAAGAACAAAAAUCACAAGCUGAUGUCAAAUCACAAAGUACAUCAACAGAUGGAGGAGUUUCCAAUCAAAAUGGAAAGUGUAUCAUCUUACUUAAUGAUAAAUCAGGUACAUUUAGAUUUAUGGGAGAAACUGCCCCAUUAUCACUCUUGUAUGAAUCAAGAAACAUUGUAAUACAAUAUAUUGGAGCCGGCUCUAAUUUCACAGAAAAGUUGCAAUGUUGUCCAGUAAUUGAUAGACCUGAUUUACCACCACAAAGAAUUUUGGGAAAUCAAUUACCUAAAUUUGAAGAUGCUAAGAUGUAUGUUGAAUACUUUAAAAGAAACAUUAAUGAUUCAUUUUUUGUAUUCAACAUGCAUGAAUUCAAUCAGGAUUACUUGAAUAUGAUUUAUAAUCAUGAUGAGUUAAUUCCCGAUGAUGAGAAGAAACGGAAGUUGAUUAUUUUAUACUUGGUGUUAGCCAUUGGAUCACUUUAUUCUCAUUAUUCCCAAUAUAUUUUGGAUUCUCCUCGUUCUCAAGCUUUGUUUGAUAAUGCUAUUUAUUUAUUACAAGAUACUGUACAAGAUUCCGAGUUAUGGGUAGUUAUUGCCAAUUACUUAAUCUUUCAUUAUUAUCAAGGGGUACUUAAGAAAUCUACCGCAUGGAUUCAUUUAAAUUUGGCUAUAAAGUUUGCUCAAUCAUUAGGUAUGCAUAGAAUGUUUGUUAAUGAUCAAUUCAAUUAUAAAUCAGAAGAUAGUGAGUAUAAGAAGAAAUUAUUCCGUAGUCUUUAUGCAUCUGAUAGAAUGUCAUCUAUAUUUAUUGGUAGACCAUUAUCAGUAAAUGAUUAUGAUUAUGAUGAUCCUAUCUUAACUAGUCCAAAUGCUAAUUUUGCUAUGGCAGGACUUGAUUUUAAUUCUAAAUGUCAAAUUGAAUUAACCAGAAUAUGUCAUAUAGUGGGGAAGAUUGUGGCUAAUUUCUAUCAAGGUAGAAUUAUUGAUAUUCAUAAGGCUAAGAAAUUAGCUAUUGAAUUAAAGAUAUGGUCUAUGAAUUUAGAUGAACAAUUAUCUAUUAAUAAUAUCUUUAAUGCCGAUACUUCAAUUAAUAAUAAUGAAAAUCAUCAAAAUACUCAUAUCCUUUUACUUGUACAUCUUAUGCAACUAUGGGCAAUUAUGCUUCUUAGUCGUCCAUACUUUAUGUUUGAAGCAGCUGCUAAACUUAAUCCACUGUCUCCAGGUUCUUCUACAUUAAAGAAUAGAAAACUUUCAAUUCAAUUUUAUAAAGCUGCCGUUAAGGCUAGUAUAUUGGCAAUCAAAUUAGUCAAUUAUUAUAUGAAUACUGCUUAUAAACAAAUAAUUCGUCGUGAAUGUUAUGCCAUAAUAACUUGUUGUUUUUAUGGAAGUUUAGUACUUGGAAUUGCUGUAUUACAUGGAGGAUUUGCUGAUGAUGAUCAUUCAGAAAUGGAACUUAUUGAUACUCUUAAAAUGGCUUCUAAUAUGCUUCAUGAAUUUACUCCAACUAAUAAAGGAGCUGAAAGAUAUGAAGAUAUUGUUAAUGACUUAAUUGAAGUAUUACUUGUCCAUCGUCAACGUCGUGAUUCAGAUAUUACCAUAACUACCCAAGACUUUAUUGGUAAACAACUCGAUAAAGAAUUGGAAAGUCUCGAUUUUAGAGUUCUUAAUGAUUACAACUUUAUUGAUGAUCCUACCAAUAAUUUGGAAUCCCUUGUUAAAUUCCAGCAAUUCUUUGUAUCACCGGAAUUAUUGCCUAAUGUUGAAGUUAUGGCCGCCGCAGCAGCAGCUGCAGCAGAUAUAAAUUCUCCUGGUAAUGAUUUCUCAUUCUUAGGAUCCAAUGGCUCUACUACUAUGCCUCAUGAUUACGGUAACUACGAAUUACUCUACGGUGACAAGUACUGAAAAAUUUUGAAAAAAUUUGAAAAAUUGCCUUUUAGCUAUUUAUUUCUGUGUGAACACUUUCUUUACUGACUUUUUCUUUACUUCUUAUAUACUGUUAUAUCCUUUUAUCCUUUUCUUCACUUCUGCCUAUGGUCUAAUACAUGUGAUUACCGACUGCCU